UAAUUGUUGCGAACGCCAUUAUAACAAAGAAGAAGAAGGUUGCAAGAGCAAAAUGGCAGCCUCAAUUGAGAGUUUGUUCGUUGAAAUAGCAAGCCUUGAAGAGCCUAUUGAAGAGCUCCAAACUUUAAAAACGGCCGUUUUAUCAAUACCUGUAAGCGCCCUUAGGGAUACAGUGAGUGGACUCCGGCUUGAAGUGAUUUUCUCUCUUUUGAACACAAAUGACAGAGAGAAAAUUGAGCUAUGCGUGGACAUCCUUGGUCGAAUCCUGCUCGCCCUCAGCCCUGUCCACCUGGCCCAAAACUGCAGAGUGGAACUUCAGGCUGGACUGAAACAUCCUGAUGACACAGUCAAAAUACUGGCAUUGACACAAAUUGGUAGAAUGGUAUUGAACCAUGAGGCAGUUACAGAAAUUCAGAACAACCAAGACAUACUUCGGGAAGUGAUCCAGUGCAUCAAAGGAGAGAAGAUGACAGUGGCCAAAGAGGCAAUACGAGCUCUUGCCAAACUUAGCCACUCCAAAGCUGGGUUAGAUGCUCUAUUCAGGAGCGACUUGCUGAAAGACCUCAAGGAUGUGAUGGCUACAAGUGAUAUUGUCAGAUACAGAGUAUAUGAGCUGAUAGUGGACAUAUCGUCUGUCUCUCCUGUUUCCCUGGGUUACUGUGCCAACAGCAGCUUUAUUUCCCAGCUACUAGGAGAGCUGACAGGAGAUGAUGUACUGGUCAGGGCUACAGCCAUUGAGAUGGUGACCACACUUUCCCACAGUCAGCAUGGGCGCCAGUACCUGGCACAGCAAGGCAUCAUGGAUAAGAUAUCCAACAUGAUCACUGGAGCAAAAUCAGACCCCUUCUCUAGUUUCUACCUGCCAGGGCUGGUGAAGUUCUUUGGGAACCUGGCCAUCAUGGACAGUCCCCAGCACGUGUGUGAGACCUACCCAGCUUUCCAGAACAAGGUGUUUGAGAUGGCCAUCGACCCAGACCCUGUUAUGACUGGAGUGGCUCUGGACACACUGGGGGUCCUGGGCUCCACUGUGGAGGGGAAACAAGUCCUGCAGAAAACAGGUGAGAAGUUCAAUGCUGUGCUGAAGAGAAUGAGCAAGCUGGCCAGCGGUGGAGCCACCGAGCUGCGAGUGCGUUGUCUGGAGGCCAUCUCACUCCUAAUCACUCUGCAGGCUGAACAGCAGACAGAGGACCUGCUGGUUCUAACAGAGUCCUGGUUCCAUCUGCUGUCUAACCAGCCUAUGGAGAUGAUCCGGAACAUCAGCACCCAGCCCUUCCCUGAGCUCCACUGUAGUGCUCUACGCAUAUUCAUUGCCAUCGCUCCCCAGCCAUGGGGUCAAAGGUUAAUGAUUGGCACGCCAGGGUUCAUGGAGUUCAUUGUCGACCGUUCGACUGGUCCGACCAAGGAAGCGAAGGAUGCUAAGUUUGAGCUUGUGGGUGCGCUGGUGAGCUCUUCCACAGCAGCGGACAUCUUGGGUAGCCAGCACUACUUACGCCUGCGGUCCUACCUCCGAGAGGGAGCGUACUAUGUGACCGCUGUAGCAACAGUGACCACAGAGGGAGCAGACUGAGAGAAAUGGGGAAGAUUUCAAAUUACACGCUAUUCCCAAUAUAGUACACUACCUUAGGCCCUACUCAAAAGUAGUGAGCUGUAUGGAUAGUAGGUUUAACUUGAGACUGCUACCAGACCAGGACCAACGAGACUAAAUUCUUGUUAUUUUAUUAGAUCGCCUGAGAUGCAUUUACUGUUACUUUUUCUAAGUGGAAUAUUUGCCCUUAUUAAAGAGGAAGCAUAUUGAAAAUGACAAUCCAAUAGUUAUGAUUUUUAUAUUGCACACUUGCAUAAGACAGACUUUCCAAAACAUUAGGAACACCUUUUGCACUCAGACCAAACUCAAUUCGUUGGCAUGGACUCCACAAAGUGUCAAGUGUUCCACAGGGAUGUUGACUCCAGUGCUUCCCACAGUCGUCAAGUUGGCUGGAUCUCCUUUGGGUGGUGGACCAUUCUUGAUACGCACGGGAAACUUUUGAGUGUGAAAAACCCAGUCAGCAUUGCAGUUCUUGACACUCAAACUGGUGUGCCUGACACCUACUACCAUACACCAUUCAAAGGCACAUAUUUUUCCUUGCCCAUUUACUCUCUGAAUGGCACAAAAACACAAUCCAUGUCUCUGGCUCCAGACUUAAAUCCUUUAACCGCCUGUGUACUCUUUCAUCUACACUGAUUUGAAGUGCAUUUAACAAUAAGGGUUCAUAGCUUUCACCUGGUCAGUCUGUUGUUGAAAGAGCAGGUGUUCCUAAUGUUUUGUAUACUCAGUGUACCUACAGGCCUUUUCUCAACUCCUCUUCUGUAUCCCAGAAACCGAUGUGGUCACCAUAUGUAUGUGUGAAUUAAUAGGUGAACGGAGGCAUUUCCUCUCCUCGAUUGCCGCCUCCAGCGGAGGAUGCUCAGGUGUAUCCUAACGCUGAAGAAUUUUCAAAAUCAGCCUGUGACGUGUAUUUGUAUUUCUUAGAGAUCCCCAUUAGCUGCUGCCAUGGACAGACCAGACUUCUCCCUAUCUUAGCUACUAUUGAUUCAACAUGUUUUGACCAUAACUUUACAGUCCAGUGUUACUCCAAGCAGUUUAGUCACCUCAUAUUACUCAAUUUCCACAGUCUUACAAUAUUUAGUUGAGGUUUAGGGAAUGUUUUUCCAAUAUGUAGGACUAACUUAUUCCUUGCCAUGGAUUCUGAAACUAUCUGCAGCUCUUAAGUGCUCCAGUUGCUGUAGUAGCUGAUGUGUAUAGUGUUGAUUCAUCCGCAUACAUAUACAUUUUCUCAAGGCCAGUUAUAUAUAUAUAUAUAUUUUUUUUUAAAGGGGGCCUAGACAGCUGCCCUGGGGAAUUCCUGAUUCUACCUGGAUUAUGUUGGAGAGGCUUCCAUUCAAGAACCCCCUCUGUUCUGUUACAAGUAAUUAUUUUAUCCACAAUAUAGCAGGGGGGGUAAAGCUAUAACACAUUUUUCAAUGGCAGACUAUGAUCGAUAAUGUCAAAAGCUGCAAUGAUACCUCUUUUAAAUAGCUGUUGGAACUUGCAUUGGAGAAACAUGUAAAGUGUUUGCUUCAUGAGCUGAAAUAAAAGAUCCCAGAAAUAUUCCAUACUCACAAUUUCUCAAUUUGGUGAAUGCAUUUGUUUCCAUCCCUGUUAGUGAGCAUUUCUCCUUUGCCAAGAAUCUUUCCAUCUGACAGGUGUGGCAUAUCAAUAAGCUGUUUAAACAGCAUGGUCAUUAUACAGGUGAACCUUGUGCUGGGGACAAUAAAAGGCCACUCUAAAAUGUGCAGUUUUGUUGCCACAGAUUUCUCAAGUUUUGAGGGAGUGUGUAAUUGGCAUGCUGAAUGCAGGAAUGUCCACCAGAGAAUGAGUUAUUUAAUUUAUCCUCUAAACUGCCUCCAACAUCGUUUUAGAGAAUUUGGCAGUACGUCCAACCAGCCUCAACCGCAGACCACGCGUAACCACGGCAACCCAGGAUGUCCACGUCUGGCUUCUUCAGCUGCGGGAUUGUCUGAGACCAGCCACCUGGACAGCUGAUGAAACAGGAGUAUUUCUGUAUGUUGUAAAGCCCUUUUGUGGGGAAAAACUCAUUCUGAUUGGCUGGGCCUGGCUCCCCAGUUGUGAAAUCCAUACAUUAGGGCCAAGUAUUUUUUUCAAUUGACUUAUUUCCUUAUAUGAACUGUAAUGCCGUAAAAUUGUUGCAUACAUAUUUUUGUUCGUGAGGUAUUGAUUGUGGAGUCCACCUGUGGUAAAUUCAAUUGAUUGGACAUCAUUUGGAAAGGGGCACAUCUGUCUAUAUAAGGUCCCACAGUUGACCGAGCAAAAACCAAGCCAUGAGGUCGAAGGAAUUGUCUAAAGCUCAGAAACAAGAUUGUGUUGAGGCACAGAUCUGGGGAAGGGUCCCAAAAAAUGUCUGCAGCAUUUAAGUUCCCCAAGAACACUGUGGCCUCCAAUUUUAAAUUGAAGUUUGGAACCACCAAGACUUUCUAGAGCUGGCCGCCAGGCCAAACUGAGCAAUUGGGGGAGAAAGGCCUUGGUCAGGGAGGUGACCAAGAACCCGAUGGUCGCUCUGACAGAGCUCCAGAGUUCCUCUGGAGAUGGGAGAACCUUCCAGAAGGACAACCAUCUCUGCAGCAAUCAGGCUUCGAUGAUAGUGUGGCCAGACGGGGACCACUCCUCCGUAUAAAAAUCAUGUCCAAUCAAUUGAAUUUACCACAGGUGGACUCCAACCAAGUUCUACAAACAUCUCAAGGAUGAUCAAUGGAAACAGGAUGCACCCGAGCUCAAUUUUGUCUCAGAGCAAAGGGUCUGAAUACUUUUAAGAAAAUAAGAAAUCUGUUUAAAAAAAAUGUUUUAUAUAAUAUAUUUACAAAAAUGUCCAAAAACCUGUUUGCAAAAACCUUUUUGCUUUGUCAUUAUGGGGUAUUGUGUGUAUAUUGUGAAGGAUGAUUUUUGAAAGUCAAUUUUAGAAUAAGGCUGUAACGUAACAAAACGUGGAAAAAGUCAAGGGGUCUAAAUAUUUUCUGAAAUAACUUUUUUUUUUUAUGGGAAAAGUGAGGAGACUAUCAAAAUGUGUUGUUUCUUUUAUACCUGAAAAAAAACUAAACUGUUCAUGUUCGAUAUUAUUAGGUUUGUUUUGUUAGUGAAUUGACAGCUCCUGUCAAGAUGUUAUGGUUGUAAGAUGGGACGUUGCUGCCAUCUGUUGGUAAAUGUUAAUUGCUGCAUCAGUGUUUUUGCAAGCAUGUUUGAUAUACCCGGAUGCAUUGCAAUUUGCUGAACAAGCAUCAAUGACUCUGCGUCCAAACACUUAAAAGACACACCCUCGUCCACUUACCCUCACCUUAUGCCCUUGUGGGAUACCCCGUCACCAUCUUGGCGUGUGGUCCAAAUGAUUAGCCAAGCAAGGGAAGUUUGCAACGUAAGCCCUUUAGCCAUCAUUUAUAGUCAGCUUUGCGAGUGUACAAUUAUGUUCACUCAAGGGCCUAAAACUCCCCAUAAUUCAAUUCGCUACGAUAUUUACUUUUUACGUAGUAGAACAAUGUAUAACUUAUUUGCAUUUGUUUUUACUUACACUUGUAUGUUGACUACUCCAUUGAUGUUGUCUUUAAGUUUUCGUGGAUUUUUCUUAGUGAUGUACAGUUUUUCUUUUGGAAAUUGUAGAAAUAAAACAUUUUCCUUCUUCAGAAGUCCCAGCUAGGCAGGCUAACAUUAGUUAGCUAAUUAAUUUACUAGCUAUCAUACAGUAGGUGUAUAUUAAUAAUUAUAUAUUCAAUAUAAGUAGACAUGCACUGAUAAUUGAAUGAGGCGCAUAUAAAGCACCCACAAUCCACCGGUGGCUGAAAACAAUCACCGCGGGAUUAACGAGUGAUGAAUUUCCAGCCAAUCGUGGUUCCUUUAAAAAUCAUUCCUUCCUCACAUCCCUUUAUUAACAACAAAUCAAUACAUAAAGUACAUAGAUUACAAACAAUGGACAAUCGAGCUAGGGGGUACAAUAUCACAUUACAAUUACACAAGGACGUUAAGGAUCAUCCCUUGCCCUGCAAGUGUAUACUCGUGAAACGUCAUCAGAAGUGUCCACUUAAUUUGAGGGCUGAGGGGAUAGGGUGUGUCUUUUAAGUGUUUUUUCCGCAUUUGUGUCUCGUCAUUAACAUCCAAACAGGAACUGCACCCGCUGCUUUGGGCUAGUAUUUUGGCUUGCUCAUCAAUAAAUGCUGGUGGUGUG